AUGUGGAGCACAGGAUUAAGUCAUAAGUUAGCAUCACAUACGCCGGUCACCAACAACCUAGUCAGACGUGUGAUUGCAUAUAAGAAGAUGAACAAAGUCAACUCGUCUCUCAACAGUAGGAAGGCCCUCAUGGACACCCUGAUGGAAUCCGAGAUACAGAUGAGUGACGAAGAAAUCUACGAUGAGAUACGCACAUUUCUGAUGGCCGGUACUGAAACGACCGCCUGUUCAAUUGGUUUCACUCUGGUGCUUCUAUCGCUGCACACUGAGUGGCAGGACGCAGCGCAAAAGGAACUGGACACUGUUUUCGGUACCGGAGAAGACUACCUGAGGCCCACAACGCCUGAAGAACUAGCUCAGCUCCCGGUCAUCGAAAGCAUUAUUAAGGUAGGCAAGAACAGAAAUUUUGUAUUUGAGCUAACUGUCGUCCUCUCUGAAGACACGCCCCUGGCCGGCGGUCGCUACGUCGCACCAAGAGGCGCCUACGUGCUGGUGGCGCUCCACUUGUUGCACCGGCAGCCGGACGUCUUCCCGGAUCCCGAAAAGUUCGACCCGUCGCGCUUCCUGGAGAACGGAGGGCCUGCGAGGAGCCCUUACGCCUACCUGCCGUUUGGCGCCGGAGCCCCCAAGUGUGUGGGAGCUCGCUUCGCGAUGCUCGAAGUUAAGACGGUGCUGGCCGCCGUGCUGCGCCAGUUCCGACUGCUGCCCGGCUGCACGCGGAGGCAGCUGGACCAGGUGGGCAUCUCCACCACAGGCGUGCCCCUCAACGACUUCAAAGUCACGUGCAUUCCACGAACUGACUUGCCAGCUAGCCAAGCAAUGUAA